CUGACAACAGCACACAACUGAAGCGACUGGAAGGAAGCGUACUGCGUACUGCAGACACAAACAGCAUGGGGGACGUUCAGAACGUUGAGCAGGACUUCUACCAAACAGGAUAUUACAUCGAUGACCAGGGUCACACUGUGCCCUACUACGAUACCCACAAUUCCACAGGAACGGCCUAUUAUGACACUGGUGCACAGGCUUUCGUAUCGGGUGAUCCUUCCAUGGAGCAGCAGUACACUGGACAGUUCUACCAACCUGAAACUGGGAGUGUGGGAAACACAGGAACCGAUUCUCCUGAAGAGGAACCUACCCUUCUUGAGGAACUUGGCAUCAAUUUUGACCACAUCUGGCAGAAGACACUGACAGUGUUGAACCCUCUUAAGCCUGCAGAUGGCAGCAUUAUGAAUGAGACUGAUCUGACGGGUCCGAUUCUCUUCUGCGUGGCACUGGGGGUCACUUUAAUGAUGGCAGGCAAAGUCCACUUUAGUUAUGUGUAUGGGCUCAGUGCUAUAGCCUGUAUUGGGAUGUACAUUCUUCUGAGUCUGAUGAGUUCCCUGGCGGUGUCUUAUGGCUGUGUGGCGAGCGUCUUGGGCUACUGCCUCCUGCCCAUGGUGGCCCUGUCUGCAGUCGCUGUCUUCUACUCGUUGCAAGGCGUCCUUGGUACAGUUCUGGCCGUGUUAGGAAUUUGUUGGUGUAGUCUCUCUGCCUCCAAGAUCUUCAUCUCCACCCUGGCUAUGGAAGGCCAGCAGCUGUUAGUGGCUUACCCAUGUGCCCUGCUCUAUGGGCUCUUUGCACUGCUCACUGUAUUCUAAUUAUCAACCCAGAGGAACAUAUUAUUCAAGCAAUAAAUCUUUUUUAUUUCUACCAACAAUGUUAAAGGGGGUUAUGUUCUCCACCCUUUGUCCCUUUUGUCUGCUUCGGUAAAGCACUUAAGAGGAUUUCAGGAUAAUUUGGUGGAUGAUUGUAUAUUACACAGCUUCAGGUCCAGACUGAAGGGUUUCAUUUCCUCUGUUCUAUUUGUUUUGUUAUUUAAAGAUAUAUUUGAUACUUUCAUGGUAGAUAUUUCAAUCUAAACUAAUGCCACAAUGUUAUUUAUGUUAUUUAUUCUGUCCUUUAUAGAUUUUGAUGAAUAACUAUUUAUGUAAUAAGUGUAUCUGAGAUUUCCUGGUUGUGACUCUGGUUGUCCUACAAAUUCUGGGUUUUGAAUCAGAGCAGACACUGUGGGUGAGUGUGAGUAUUUGCAACAUGUGAUUCAACUGAAAAGGAAAGUUUAGUAAAGUUUUAUUUAAUGCAAAAUUUCAUUUAUUUUAAAUUUACCAGACAUUGCAUAUGAAUGUGUGUUUCCAUCCACUUCUGUCAUUUGAAUAUUGAGGUUUAUUUAAUCGACACACAGCUGGUGGCUCUAAUUCUGCAGUUGGCUGCCAUUAAACCAUUGCAGAAGAAGAGGAGACAACGAUAUGCAGCAGCAAACAACACAGCAGUGAAACCUUUAACGAACAAACACCAUGUGUAAACAUGAUGGAAAUAUGAUAUUUCUGGAAGUUUCAUGUAUUAAUGUGAGGAAGGUUUGUGUCUACAUCGUUCCACACAGAUGGGUUUUCAGCUCGAGACAAAUUGGUAAAGUCAUCAUUUAUUCGCAAAGUCUGAUUCCGUUGCUUUCUUUCUCAUUUCCGAAGUUUCACUUUACUUUUCUUAUGCCGAAAUAAAAGAUGCAUACACAUAUAUACAGAGUGUCAGUGCAGGAGACUGAAAAACAGUCUAUUUUGCAUUCUGUUUUGAAGUUAUCAGUGUUUUUCAAUCCAUUACCCACGGCCACAAAGCAGCCCUGUUCGUACAGUAGAGGGAGCCACAACACCAGUUUUAAGAUGUUAAACCAUUCUCACUGACUGAAUGAGGACACCUUUCUCUUCACUCCAAAAUAUUUACCAGACCUGAGAAAGUUGAUAUAAAUUUGACAGAAAGUUGGUUCCUUUCUUUUUAAGCCAUUUCCGACUCCCUGCUUCGUCAUAGUGUUUGCUGCAGGAACACUACUGUAUUCAUUGUUGUCUUGUCGUGGAGAACACGCUGUGUAUGUGUGUGUGUGUGUGUGUGUGUGUGUGUGUGUGUGUGUGUGUGUGCAGAGGAGGAUGUGGACUGAGGAGCUUUCAGAGGAAGAAAAGGAACUCAUUUCUCACACAGCCUCCAUGAUGUAUGGGGGUCUGAGCAGACUCUGACAACUGCACAGUCGGUGAUGUUCUGCAGACAACUUUCUUUAAGAGCAG